UACAUAAACUGACCUUAAUUAAACUACUCACAAGACUAAACGUGUUAAUAGUCCCGACAAGUAACACUCUUUCUUUCUGCACUUCAUCUCCCAUGAUGCUUUGCUGUAUUAUUAUUUUUGCGUCAAACAAACAUGGCCGCGCAGUCAAGUAGUUCGUCUGAGUGCUGCACACUCAAAAAGGCUCUAAAUAAAUUAAUAUCCAAAACAUCUGCCUCCCCAAGGGCACGAACCCACUCGGAACCGCUGUACGUGAUCUCACUGGAGCGCUAUGGCAGAGACCCGGACUUCGAGAUUCGUUUUCCGGACGUUAUUUCGAUGUCAGAGUGUCUGUUUGACGCUAGCAUCACUGAUGGAGACCGUAAAAUUCGCGUCUCUAUGGACCCCAGUCUCAAUAGACUCAUCAGCAAAAAUAAGCUGCACUGCGGGUCAGUCAUACGUAAUGUGGAAUUUAGCCGCGGAGAGGACAACGACGAGGACGGCAGCUCGUUUCACGUUUGUAAUCUGGAAGUGGAUAGACUGUGUGGCGGUGACGCGGCUCUCCGGGCACUGUCAUCUGUGAAUGUGAGGUCCAUUCCGUGGUUGGGAGAAACUCCGAAUUCAGGUCCGCUCAGAGCACGGAGAAGCUCGUACCUGCCGCUGUGGAAUAAUCAGGAUUUUUACGGAGAUGUGUGGCGGGACACGCCCCCCUCUGAAUCCGGAGCAGAAGACGACAGUGAGGAUGAAAGAGAGGAUACGAGGUCCACAGUUUCACUCUCUGUAAUACGUAGGCGUUUCUUAAGUGGAUCUCGGAGGUUCCCCGGAGUGUUGUGUGUCCGGAUCUUGCACAAAUCCAGACUGAUAUAUUAUGGGAAAACAGAUCAGAAAUGUGAAUGUCCCUAUAAGGCAGAGCUUAUAGUCGGGGAUGGUUCAUCUAAUGCUUGUGUGGUGCUGUGGAACACUCUUUGUUUGGACUGGUUUCGAAUCCUGCAGCCUGGCCAGGUUGUAAAAUUGAGUUGCUACAGAGUCAAGGAAAGUUACAGCAGUCGUUCAGGGCAGGAAUCAGAGCCACAAAUUGAGAUCAGUCUUAAUUCCAGGAACCCCCCUGCUCAAAUUUCUAUCAUCCCUAAGAACCAGAUUUCCCCAGAUUGGCUUUUGCCAGACCUGCCUCAUACGUUUAUCUGCAGGCAGGAACUUCCUAGUUGUCCACAUGGCCAAAUCUGCGAUGUCAUUGGUGUGGUGAUAUUCAUUGGUCGAUCAGAACGUGUCAGAAGCCAAGCAGAUGGGCAGAGGUCGGAGCUUGAAGAGUACCGAUGGCUACAGUUGGAGGAUAGAACUUCAGAUAGGCCAAUCGUAAUCAAGCUGUUCUCCACAUCACAGCCUGACAUUCAAAGCCGAAUCUAUCCAUUGGCACUACUUGUCUGCACACGGUUAAAACUUAUCAGAAGUGCCAUUGACAGGACUACAUCUUUUGAAUAUCUCACUAACACAUCACUGACCCAGGUUUACUGCACAGGCACGGGCUCUCAUCCUGUAAUGCCGUACAAAGGGGUACGCCCAGUCCGACAGUUCCUCCAAUGGCUAAAGCAGGUAGAUGAGGGCAGCAUGCUAGAAAGGGCUGUGAUUGGAGGAUAUUUUAGUUACCCACCUCUUCCUGUUUCAUUGCACUCUUUCAUGGAAAAAAGACAAGGGGGAGCUGGUCUCAUCAGUGGAGGAGAGAUGAAGUUAGAAUGUGAGAGGAUGAAUUACAGAGAAAGGCGGAGAUUCGCUAUUCAGUGUGUCAUCACUGCAGCCUGUUAUCACCACAGAGAGGACAGCGGGCGAACACUGUAUACAGAUCUUCCAUCCGCUCCACUGAGCCCUAGACUGCCACGACAAAGGGGGUCUGAACCUCACAGGACAACUGUGAAGAGGAAACUUUUUAGCAGUGGGCCUACCACCCAUGGAAAGAGGUUUGCAUCACCUCUGCCACCUGUGCACCCACCUGGAAUAGAAGAGGAUACAGAAAGGGAUUUCUCUCUGUUUGACGGUGCUAUGGAGUUUCUGGUUGGAGAAUGUGACAAUGAUAGUAGCGAUGAAGAUGAUGACGGAGACUUUUCGACUCUGCCCACAAGUCCCUUGACCUCACGCCUUGGAGUCUUACGUGUUGCCAUUGAAACAUUGCCAAGGGUUUUUUGUUAUGAACGACGGCACAUUCAGGCUGCUGCUGUGGGCAUGCAGCAUAACAGCUUUCACAAACUCCUCCCACAAAGAGAGUUGGAGUCAUUUUCUCCUGCCUCCUGCUACACAGGCAACUUUACCCUAACAAUGAGAGCUUUGUCAGAUGGAGUGACUCUUGAUGUUAUUUUCCUGCCUGCUGUCCCUGGAACCCUGCACUGGACGCCCCUCCCCCUUUCACACAAUAACUCAUGGGAGUCUGUCUUAUCACAUGGAGGGUUUUCACCGCAUGUCCCACCCCCAAGCCCAGCUGACCUGAUCACUAAAGCCGACCAACUGACCAAUCAACGACUGUUGUGUGUGUUAGAAGCAUGUGCAUUAGGUGGAGAGAAGGUGGAACUUGUUCUUAACCGUGCAUUCCCUUUUCGAUAACAUAGAAACAGUAUGUAGAUGUAAAGACAAAAUCUUGCAAAAGAUUGUUGGUUGUAAAGUAAAUUACCUUUGAUUUUUGUUAAUUUAUGUAUAACAUUAUUCAUGUUUUAUAUAUAUAUAUAUAUAUAUAUAUAUAUAUAUAUAUAUAUAUAUAUAAUAGAACAAAUGUACAUGUUUUAUUAUUAUUUAUUUUGUUAAUAAGUAAAUAUAGUAAUCGUGCUAAUUACAUUUUACCACAUAAUCUUUUGUUGUUGUUGUUUUUUGUUUUUGUUUAAAAAACCCUCCUUCGGACAGGUGUUGAAAAUUAGCAUGUAUGCUAAAAGCAUAUGGUUUGUCCAAUGCAAUUUUGAUGUCUAGAUCCAAUAAAAAACAAUAACCACUACCCACAACACUGUUAAAGCGGCAGUCUGCAAGUUCUUUUGAGUAAAAAUGAGCUAAAACCAAUUAUUGAGCAAGUACACGAAAGAACGGUGUUUAAAACUGUGUCAUUACCCUUGCUGGAUUCCCCACAGAAUGCUUGUGAUAAUGGUUUGUAAUUUUCCCUGUCGGGUCGAUUACCCCGGAGAUCCUUAUAUGGUGUCUUUCAUCUAUGCGUAAUUUUGUCACAUGCAUACACAGAACGAUGGGGAUCCGGCUGUUAGCCCACAUGUGGAUGCGAGUGACAGGUGGUUUGAAAGGUGUACUCGCAACUGCUGGGUAGGAUUUCAUACAACGUACUUUUACUUAAAAACGGCAAGCAUUGUACUGUUGACAUCUGUGGAUUCAUCAUUUGUGAAAAACAAGAAAGAACAAACUGAUGACAGUUUACAAAGAAACAGGGAAUGCGAUCAGUCCCGUCCGAAAACAAGAAUUCAUUUUGGCAAGGCAUUGCAAAGUAGUGUUGCUUUCGUCAGCUUGACACAAAGACUAGACUAAAACUAAAAUUAAAACAGGCGGCCAAAAAUAACACUAUUUCAAAGAUGGCUGGAACUUUCAAUAGAUAACACAAAACAGUAACGGACUUGUUGUGUUAAUACAGACGACUACAGUUUCAUCAGUUGUUCUUUCUCUCUUUGUUAUGUUCAUUAUGAUAAAUGUAAUUUAAGACCUAAUGUUAUUCGAACGGGAUUAGUAUUAUCUGGGGAGCUCCUGUUAUUUAGAAAUUACUUUACCUCCCCACAUCUGUAUUUCAUGUGGUGAGAAUUAGUACACGUGAAGCCUGUGAUUUUACUCAAAUUUAUGGACUUUAUGGACCGGCCCUCCAGGACUGACUUUGGACACCCCUGUCUUAUUUGUUUCGUGUUAUAUCGUCUGUCAUGUUAUGUGUGUUUAUUAUGCGCUACUAAUGUAACGUUACAGUGAAGAUUCUCAUCGCUGCACUGUCACAGGCCACGACUCCAAACAUCAGACUCAUCUGUGCAGUUGAGCAGUGCCAACUCGCAUAAAGAAAUACCUCAGCACAUCAACUUCUGUAGCAAUUACAAACUGAGAUGACGACAAAGAGGCCAAUCCUAUGGACCGCCGCUUUAAAGGAGUAGUUCACUUCUAAAUUUGCCCGAAUUCAAUUUCCAUAGUAGGAAUAAAAAAUUACAGAUUUUGAAGUGAACUACUCCUUUAAAGUGUAGCAUCCUCAACACAAAUUAAAAAAACAUUUCUUUCUUCCAUGGACCACAAAAACACGUUACGGAGGGUUCACACCAAGAAUGAUAACAUCAAAUUUUUCUGCUUCCUGUUGUUAUGACGUUUUUAAAAUGAUGAAUUAUUGAAUAGAUAAAGUAUCCGUUAUAUAAAUUAUAUAAUUUUCAAAUAUUUAUCAUUUCUGUCAGCUCAGUUUCUAAAUAGUGUGUUUAUAUUUAUGCUCUAAUCUAUCAUGAUCAUCUGUCUCAUCAUGU